AUGCAUCAACAGGAACUGGCUCAGAUGGGACCCAUCUCUAGUGUUGGAAUGAAGAUAGCUGGUGGGGAUGUUUCUCCUACAACACAUAAAUUGGAGUCUGUUGGGGUUAAAAGUAAUAAGAUCUCUUUACAUCUCGAUCUUCUUCAGAAAGACAUCAAGAAAGGUGCAAGGGAGAAGAACUCAAAGUGUCCGUCGAGGGUUUGGAGGUAUUCCCGUGCGGGGGACUGUUCAAGGCAGGGCGUGGCUAUGGCUGCGGGUGGACAUUCUAGUGUUGGAGCUGAUUUAGGCAUGCAUGAUGCGUGCGACUUGAAUCCGUCGAAAAAUGAGAUGAGGGUUUUUGAUAACGCCCUUUUCUCUCAGGGUACAGGGGCUAAGGCAACGAGCUCGAUUGGGGGUUCGCGGAUCACGAAGAUUAAUGGCUGCCUGGAGCGUUGUAAUGAGAGGCCCAAACUGGUAAUACCAUUCGAAAUGAUUGCCGAAGAUGUUGAAUACUACUCUAAGCACUCGUUGUACUGCAAAUUUUUGGGAUUACGAGUCUCUCUCCAAUUUUUGGAAAAUUGGGCUCGGAGAGUUUGGGAACCUGAGGGUGAAAUGGAGGUAACGUUGCUAGCAAACAACUUUUUCAUGGUUACAUUUAUUUGCCUGGCAGAUCGCAAUAGGGUUUUUGACGGGGGGCCCUACUUUUACAACCAGGUUGGGCUUUUCGUCAAGCCAUGGCAUGCAGGAUUUAAUCCUUCCGAAGAGCUUCCGAAUCAGGUUCCGGUGUGGGUUCGAUUACCCAGAUUUCCUAUAGAAUGUUGCCGCGAGGAUGUUCUUCAGAUGCUUGCAAUGAAGCUCGGAAAGCCAGUGGGACCUUCAACACAAACCUUGGGUAAGAAAGUUAUGACUUUUGCCCGAAUGUGUGUGGAACUUGACUUGAGUAGGCCAUUGCCAGAUGAGGUGGAAAUGUGUGUAGGAUCACAUUCUUGGGUGCAACAAUUGGAUUAUGAGACCCUCCCAUUCCGUUGUCGCCUUUGUCAUGAAUAUGGCCACUUGGUGCGUAGAUGCCCAAAGGCCAGGUCAGCAAAAAAGCAACCCCCACCUCCGCCUCGCAGCAGUUCUGGUGAUGUUAAAGGCAUGAAGCCUGUUGGUGGUGAAGGCAUGGAUGCUGAGGGCUUUCAAGAAAUUAAUCCUGGAUUCAUCAGUACAGAUCAAUUUGUGGCAAAUUCUAGAGUUGAGAAUACUCCCUCCAUUCCUAUCCCUGCUUCUCAUACGGAGUCAACCAUGCCUAUGGUCACGGAAGGACAGUCAGGAGCUCAAGCGAUAGUAGGGAUAAAUGUUGAUAUGCGGCAGGGAGAAGAGAGUGCUGCUAUUCAAACACGAUCUGCGGUUUCAGAUUCGGAAAAAAGGGGUAAAUCUUCUCCGCAGCUGGGCAUUCUUCAAAAAGAUGGUAAGAAGGGGGUUUCUGAGAAAAGUGUUAAAUUGGGACGCAAGAAGGAUUUGGAGAAGAUUAAGUUGAUUGGGGAGACUUUGGUGGAGUCAGGUUCUGAGACUAAGGUUUCUGUGGAAUGUAUGAUGAGUAUAGCACCUAAAUUGUGGAGGAAUGGUCAAUGUCAGUGCAUUGGAGCUCAUGGAUCUUCUGGGGGUGUAGCAUGUCUAUGGAACCCACGAAAGAUCCAACCAGUGUCAUGGAUCUCCUUUAAAUCCUCCUUAUCCAUGGUCUCUCUGUGCCUUGAAUCGGGAGAAUCAGUCCUUUUCUCCAAUGUCUAUGCUCCUAUUGAGUUCCAAGGUAAAGUUCUUGUUUGGAAUAAUGUUCAUUUGGUUCGUAACUUAUUUCCUUACUUGCCAUGGAUUAUUGCUGGAGACUUUAAUGCUAUUCUUGAUUUAACUGAAAAACGGGGGGGUAAUGCAAGACUUGAACCCUCUUCUCUCUUGUUUCGGGAUAAUGUCUCGGCACUUAAUCUUGUGGAUAUCAAGCCUAGCAAUGGUCAAUUCACUUGGAACAAUAGAAGAGUGGGGGACAGGUGCAUUGCUGAACGUCUAGAUCGCUUCAUGGUAUCCUGUUUUUGGGUGGGUGGAUUGUGGUCUUCCAGCUCAGAGAUAUUAGAUUGGAGAGGAUCGGAUCAUUGGCCCAUAAAACUUGUCAUUUCUUCUGCCCGGUCGCCUCAGAAGCCACCUUUCAAGUUCCAGCUCAUGUGGCUCCGAGACCCAAACCUAUAUGGAUGUGUUGCUGAGUGGUGGAAGGAGGGUAGGCCUGCUUUUGGUACAACAAUGUAUAUUUUUGCUAAGCUCCUCCAAUUUGUUAAGUAUCAGCUCAAACGGUGGAACCGGCAAUGCUUCGGAAACAUUUACCAGGCGAAAACAAAGGCUCAAGCAGAAUUGAAUGAUAUUACCAGAUUGAUCAGGGAGGAUGGGGUGUCUGAGUAUUUGUUGCGGGAGGAAGCCAGGGCUUUAAAAACUUUGGAGGAAUGGGAGCUGAGAGAGGAAAUCUUUUGGAAACAAAAAGCUCAGAUUGAGUGGCUUCAAGAGGGUGAUAGGAAUACUGCUUUCUUCUUCAAUUCGGUGAAGGCCAGACAUCAUGGUAAUUCUCUUUCAUCAUUGGUGACCGACAGAGGGGAGGUCCUAUCUUCUGCCCAGGAUAUCUCAAAUGAAGCUGUUCAGUUUUUUGCCUCUUUAUUUAGGGAGGAAUCGCAGGGAGAUUUGGCUGCUGAAGCUCAGGUCCUCUCUUGUAUCCCCUCUUUGGUUUCAAUGGAAAUGAAAGAGCAUCUUAUGAGCCCUAUAUCUUUGGAGGAGUUAGAGAAGAUUGUCUUCCAGAUGAAAAAAGGCAAGGCUCCUGGUCCUGAUGGCUUUCCGAGUGAGUUCUUCCAGGAAUUUUGGGACAUUAUCAAAUUAGACUUAUUGGCUGUUGUUCAAGAAUCCCAGAAUAAUAAGCAAAUGCUUCGGGCCCUGAACUCUACCUUCCUUGCUCUCAUUCCUAAGGGGGAGGGGGUUGAUCGGCUAAGUCAAUUUCGUCCUAUUUCUCUAUGCAAUGUAACCUAUAAAAUUAUUUCUAAGUUGAUUGCCGAAAGGUUGAAGAAAUGGCUUCCGCUGCUUAUCUCUGAGGAACAAAGUGGAUUUGUGGAGGGUCGUCAGAUUUUGGAUGGGGUGACUGUGGCUACUGAGACUAUCCACUCCAUGGCUAACUCCAAAGAUAAGGCUAUGUUCAUCAAGUUGGACAUGGCCAAAGCAUAUGACAGAGUUCGUUGGUCCUUCCUCCAGAAGGUUUUGGGAGCCUUUGGUUUUGAGGAGGAAUGGAUUCGCUAG